CUUUGCUAUAACUUUGAAGUGACUUCAAACAACAGAAUUAAAAUUUCAUUAAAUCUUCAAAAUGCAACUAUCAGAGCAAUCAAAAGAACGACUAGGAUUAGUAUUUGAAGUUGCUAAAACAGUAUUCCACUGGGGGUUUAUUCCUACUGUUCUAUAUUUAGGUUUUUCCAAAGGAGCUGAAGCUGGAAUGCCACCUUUGACAAUGGCGUCAUUACUUUGGCAAUAAAUAUAACAAAAAUUUGUAAUAAAUGAAAUUAUUCAUGAAAUAAAAAUCACUGUAAUUUAACCUU